CGAAAUCCACACCAGCCUCAUAUUUCAACUACAAUCAUGGAAAAGCGACGUUAAUUUUUUUCUGGCGACACCACUUUCCUCUUGUCUGAAAUCUCUCCCUCUUUUUCUCUUCACACAUCUGGAAGCUUCAACGGAUGACCGUGUCUCUCCAGUGCUGCUGAUUUUAUGAUGUGUUUGGACUCUUUUAGGAAGCUUCGACACGCUGGACUUUUGCUAUAACUCUGUUUGGAGACUCCCAACAACAAAAAAACUAAGAGCUGGUCCAGUCCUUCAGGAGUUUCUUCCACUGUUGUUUGUCCCGAGUGAAAGUGUUGAGGCGCGGGUGCGAUGGAUGAGCGGUGCGGGCUGCUGGAGCUCAUGUGUUUGCUUCUGCUGGGCUGGAUUCUAGUUGUUCGCGGUCAGACAGAAGCCGAUCUCCACCUGCUGGAUGAAGAGGAAGCAGAGGAGGUGAAAAAUGCAGAGGAAAAGGUAUCCUGUCCGGAGAAAUGCAGCUGUAGUGGCGAGGGGGCAGUGGAUUGUAAUGGAGUGAGUCUCUCUGAAUUCCCGCAGGAUUUAUCCGAACAGACCCGGCAGCUCUCACUGCAGAAUAACCAGAUCAGCGAGGUCGCGCUGGAGCAUCUGUCCCGUCUUCAGCAGUUGGAGACCCUAAAUCUACAGAACAACCGGCUCACAACACAAGGCCUUGAGGAUGAAGGGUUUGAUAUUCUGGAAAGGCUGAGCUAUUUAUACCUGGCCAACAAUAAGCUCACCGCAGCUCCCAGACACCUCCCUCCGUCUUUGGUGAGCGUAGAUUUCGCCGCUAACCAGCUCACCAAAAUCUUCCCCAACACGUUUGGCCAGAAGCCUGCGCUGAAGUCAGUGUAUCUCCAUAACAACAAGCUAACGGAUGCCGGCCUGCCAGAGAGCAUGUUUAAUGGAUCAGACAGCCUCGAGAUCCUCAUUAUGUCCAGUAAUUUUCUCCGUUAUGUACCAAAGUAUCUGCCCACUGCCCUCUACCGCCUACAUCUGAAGAACAACAAGCUGGAGAAGAUUCCCUCAGGUGCAUUUGAUAAUUUGUUCCAUCUUCGAGAACUUUACCUGCAAAACAACUUCCUUAGUAAUGAUGGCAUGGACAACGAGACCUUCAGCCAUUUGAACAGUCUGGAAUAUCUGGAUUUGUCCAAUAACAACUUGUCUACAGUUCCCCUCGGGCUUCCCCGAAAUGUUAUCCUGCUUCACCUAGAGAAGAAUUCUAUCCAGAGCAUCACAGUAAAUGCUUUGUCACCCAUCCGAAACCUGGAGUACUUACUCCUCCACAACAACCGCCUCCGUUCCCGCUCCAUCCAUCCAGCCGCCUUCCAGGGUCUGAAACGCCUCCACACCGUCCACAUGUACAACAACCUUCUCGAGCGAGUUCCCCGCGGCCUUCCUCGUCGUGCAAAAACACUCAUGCUGCUCCAUAACCUCAUCAGUGAGAUUGGACGCAAUGAUCUGAUCACACUUUACACCCUAACAGAGCUCAACCUCAGUUACAACCGCCUCACCAGUGCCAAGCUCCACCGAGAGGCCUUCAGGAAACUCAGGAUCUUGGAGAACCUGGAUCUUUCGGGAAACAAGAUGCAGGCACUGCCACUGGGCCUUCCCAAGAGUCUGCAGAUCCUGAAAGUAAAGGACAACCAGAUAACGGAGAUCCCAGAAGGGGCUCUGCUGGGAAUGACCUCGCUGAGAGAGCUCUACCUGACCAACAAUCAGCUCAAGCUCAGCUCCAUCUACCAGGGAGCGUGGCUAGAAAUGAAUGCCCUCAAGACACUGGAUCUCUCUGGUAACAUGCUGUCUCACAUUCCUCCUGACCUACCCGAGUCUCUUGAGUUCCUUCACCUGCAGAACAACAGAAUCAACUCAAUUUCAGAAACAGCCUUCCUCAACACACCCAACAUCAAAGGAAUAUUCCUCAGGUUUAAUCGUCUGUCAGUUAAUUCAGUAUCUGAAGAGUCUUUCGCUCAUCUGUCUAAGCUGCGGGUGCUGGACAUUGGUCAUGGGAACAUUUCUCCAAACCGAAGCCAAGCUGGAGACAAUAUGGAGGAGGAAGAGGAGGAAUUACCACAAGAGGAAGAGGAGACACAGUCUUGAGUCAGAAACACAUGGAAAACAGUAAAUAAAUAAAUAAAUAAUGCCCUGAAUCUUCCUGCACUCUCAAAGAAAAUAAGAAAUAUGUAUUAAUAAAUGCACCAUGGCUGCUGACGAGAUUGUUUCCCUUGACUGAUUACAUGCUAGCAAAAUAGUGAAGCAAAUUACCCACGUAUAAAAGAAACAUGCUAGCUAAUCACUAAUUCAUGUUAACAAUAAUGUGCUAAGCAAUGCAAGUAACACAACAACAGGCUAAUUCAUGUUAGCAUCUUAAAAUAUGGUAAACAUGAAAGCAUGUGUUAAAUGUGUUAGAAAUGUGAUAGCAAAAUGCUAAUGUAAAAACGCUAAACGUGUAAGACCUCUGCUAAUAGCAUAUUAAUGUUAAAUGAUGGCAGUGGUAUAUUUUAUUGUAGUAUUAAUUAAUACAGUGUUUGAAACAUGCUAGCACCGGCUGCUGAUGAGAUUUCCAUUGACUGAUUACAUGCUAGCAAAAUGGUCAAAUAAAUUACCCAUGUAUAAAAGAAACGUGCUAGCUAAACACUAAUUCAUGUUAACAACAAUGUGCUAACCAUGCAAGCAACACAAUGACAGGCUGAUUUAUGCUAGCAUCUUAAAACAUGGUAAACAUAUAAGCAUGUGCUAAACGUGUUAGAAAUGUGAUAGCAAAAUGCUAAACAUGUCAAACAUGUGCUAACAACAUUUUGAUGUUAAAAGUGGUGUUAUUUUGGUAGGAUUAAUUCAAACAGUGUUGAAACAUGCCAUUUCUAUUGACUGAUUACAUUUUAACGCAGUUGAUGAUAUUUUUACUCAUGAAACAGGAAAGUGCUAAUUGUGCUAGGCUACUACUAAUUUCUGUCUUUUAUUUUCCUUUAAAAUCUGGCUUGUAUUGUAAUAUGAUGCAGUGGUAAGGAUGGAAAAGCUAUAUGCGUUUAAAAAAAGAUCUGGUGCAGGAAACCGGAAAGUUUUAUUGGUGGUCUUUUCGUUUUUUUGGUAAGUUUUUGUGGUGUUUCCUCAUUCAUGACUCGUUGCUCAUUGUGUUUUUUACAUGUAUGAAUCUGUUCUGUGCUAUGAAAUAUUUUGUUUUAUUAUUCAGAAAAAUGCCUUAUAUGAAUUUUUUUUCUUCUGUAAUAGAAGAAUCUACUGAAAAUAUGUAUUCGGUCUUUUUAAAUGAGAAUUAAAUUUAAUUAGAAAUGCUUAAUUUUAUUAAAAACAUUGUUCCCCUACUGAAAAAACAGCUUAAAACAGCCUAGGCUGGUUGGCUGGUUUUAGCUGGCCGACCAGCCUGGUUUUAGAGGGGUUUUGGCCAUUUCCAGCCUGGUCAUAGCUGGUCAGGCUGGGAGAUGACCAGCUAAAACCAGCUUGACCAGCCUAGCCAGGCUCGGAGCCCAGCCAAAACCAGCUAUGUCCUUGCUUGACCUGGUUUUAGCUGGUCAUUUUUCAGCCUGA